GCAGAAGAGAUCCCGAUUUCUGUCAAAGAGCAGGAAGCCAUCAGGAAGCUCAUGGUUUUCUUGCAUGAAUGGGAUAGUGCCCACAAAGUUGCUCAAAGCUGCGUCCUGGACAGCUUCAUUAAAAGUAAGGCAGAACCAGAGUGGAGCUGGAGUUCUCCCUGGAGUUUGUUCCUGGCUCACCUAACAGCAUGGCUCAGGAUGGCAUAUCUGUUUCCUCAGACAGCUGGAGGUGCUGUGUGGUAGUGAGAUGGAGAAGAGGGGCAAGUUCUCUACCAAAAAUUAGUUUAAAGAAUAAGCUCUGCAUGGAGACAUUCCUAUCCAGCCAUGUUCUGCAGGUUUGAAAACCAACCUGGCUAUCUAAAGAUGAAACUGAAGGGAAAGCCAGGUAACCUGUCUCUGAGGAACGUAGAAUUAGUGUUUUUCUUGCACUGGGAUGAGCGUGCUGCCUCUGCCUGCCUGCGAGAGGAAGAUCCAUGCUCUCCUGCAAGAGACAGUACCCAGUUCAGACCUCCACGUGCUGCAGCGAGGCAGGAGGUGAUGGCUCCCAGGAGCACGGCCUGCUGGCAGAGGAAGAUGGGCUCCAAGGGGUACAAGACCUCGCCAAGUUCUUGGCCUCUUCCAACAAAGCAGAGGGUCAAGAAGACACACAGGUUCUGCUGGACUCUUCAGGCCGUGACAAUCCCAAGUACCAGAACCAGGUCUACCCUGUAGGUGUGCGGCUCUGUACCUCUCCACAGGCCCAGCACGGGCUCUGCCGAUGCUCAGGGUCGUACAGGAUAUGGUGGGAGAGGUGCCCUGUGCCCUCAACGAGCCCGUGCUGGGCGUGCUGCGCUCUGUGCACCUGGAUUAGGAAAGCAGGAUCUGUGUACCCACCCUGGGCACUCUGGGGCAGGCCGUGGCUGGCCUGGGCAAGUGUGGCGGGGGUGAAGGGCGAGCUCAGGAGCUCCCGACCACAUAUCCCCAGACUCCCCUCCCGCCGGACUGCGCCGCCUCAUUAGUAUUCAUUCAUUUGCAUACCCAGGGUGCACCGCGCCCGGUACCGCAGCCCCGGUAAAACCUUUCGGUGCCGCCGCUCUCCAGGGCUGCUGGUCCCGGUGCGGGGCCGGGCCAGUCCCUGCCGGGUGAACGGGCCGGGGAAGCGGAGGGUGGAACCGGGGGUCAAAGAGUCGCCAUGACCUAUAGAGAAGCAGCUGAGACUACGUAUGUGCAAGGGGGCGACUCACGGUAUACUCUGGUUUCUCUUCAGAUCGUAUAAAUCUUUCGCCUUUUACUAAAGAUUUCCGUGGAGAGGAACAAGUACGAGUGUCGAAUAAUUUUUUGAGGCUCCAUUUCGGUGGAGCUAA